AUGGCAAAGAUCGCUUCUGUUAAGUAUUACCGCGUCAAGCCGCGGUGGCUGAUGGUUAAGGUCGUUGAUGAGAAUGGACAGCAUGGAUGGGGUGAGGCUACAUUGGAGGGGCAUGACCUUGCUGUUGAAGGAUGCUUGGAUGAGAUGAUCCCACGAAUCAUCGGACAAGAGGCAAACGAUAUCGAAAACAUCUGGCAAACCUUCUGGCGUCAUGGAUUCUACCGUGGCGGACCAGUCUUCAUGUCUGCCAUCUCAGGCAUCGACAUCGCGUUAUGGGAUUUGAAAGGCCGCAAUCUCAAAGUACCUAUUUAUGAGCUCCUAGGCGGCAAAGUGCGCAACAAGGUUCAGGUCUACUGCUGGAUCGGCGGUGAUCGCCCGUCAGAUAUCGAAACAGCCGCAAAGAAGCGCCUUGAGCAAGGUCUCACAUGCGUCAAGAUGAACGCUACCGAAGAUCUAGGCUGGAUCGACUCCCCAUCCGCCCUCGAUAGCACUGUCGAGCGACUCAAACAGGUGAAGGCAUUAGGCCUCGACGCAGGUCUUGACUUCCACGGAAGGUGUCAUAAAGCAAUGGCGAAGCAACUCGCACGAGCUCUUGAACCUCACAGGCCUUUGUUCAUUGAGGAGCCCAUUCUGGUUGAACAUCCUGAAGCUAUCAAGAAGUUAUCUGACCAGACUGUCAUUCCUAUUGCCUUCGGUGAGCGUUUGUAUACACGCUGGGAUAUCAAGCGAUUUUUAGAAGAUUCGAGCGUGGAUAUUUUGCAGCCUGAUAUCGCUCACGCGGGCGGUAUUUCAGAGACAAAGCGCAUAGCUACGAUGGCGGAAGCUUACGACGUGGCGAUUGCGCCUCACUGUCCGCUUGGGCCUGUUGCAUUCGCUGCAUCUGUUCAAGUAGCGCUGUCAUCACCUAACUUUGCCAUUUUGGAGAUGAGCUUGGGGAUGCACUAUAAUACCGAGGCUGGAGACAUUGAUCUCUUGACGUAUCUCAAGGAUCCAAGUGUUUUUGAUCUAGAAGGUGGUCAUGUUAAAGCCCCGACGGGGUAUGGGUUGGGAAUUGAGAUUGAUGAGGAGAUGGUGGCUAGGAUUGCGAAAGAGACCGCUCCGUGGCAGUGCAAGACAUUUCAUGGUCCGGAUGGCAAAAGUAUUGUCAAGAUGAGUGACAAGUCAUUGGAAGUACUGGUCUAUGGGCUUGGAGCGAUCGGGUCAUUCUAUGCCUUCAUUUUAAGCCGCAGUGAACAUGUUCACCUGACCGUCGUCGCCCGAUCGAAUUUUGAAGCCGUCUCUGCCAAUGGUAUCUCAAUUGACAGCCAGAACCAUGGGAAUCACCACGUGAAACCUCACAAAGUCUUUCGAACUGUCGCCGAAGCUGGCCAAAAGUUUGACUUCAUCAUAUGCACGAACAAAGCAGUCGACCAGCUCAGUACUGCUGCCGACAUUGCGCCCGGCGUUGGAGAUAACACCUCGAUUGUCAUCAUCCAGAACGGUGUCGGGAACGAGGAUGCUUUCCGUGAAAGGUUCCCGAGCGCAACCAUCAUCUCAUGCGUGACAUGGGUUGGCGCAAGGCAACCAGAGCCUGGCUUCAUAGCUCAUACGACGUCCGAAGAUAUGCAAGUGGGACUGUACCCGAACGAAGCCGGAGAUGAAUCAUGCGACAAGAAACAUCUCGCUCAAUUUGAGUCGCUCUUAUCAAUCGGAAAGACUAUCUUCCAAAUCGUCCCGAACAUUCAGGUUCAAAGAUGGGAGAAGGUAGUUUGGAACGCAGCGUGGAACUCUCUCACUGCUCUUACACUCAUGGACACACACGCAUGGCUCAGCUCAUCAGACCUGUCGACUCCCAUGACGAGAAAGCUUAUGAAGGAAGUCAUUGAUGUUGCCAAUGCUCUUGGUGUUCCUUUGGGGUAUGAACUGAUUGACAGGCUUCUGGAGAAGAUCUUGGCGAUGCCGCCUAUUGGAAGCAGUAUGAGGACGGAUUAUGAGAAUGGCAAGCCGAUGGAGGUUGAGGUCAUUUUGGGGUAUCCUGUUAGGAAGGGUAAGGAGCUUGGUAUUGAUGUUGCGACGAUUGAGACUCUAUAUACGAUCUUGUUGGCUAUUAACAAGCGGCUCAUAAGUGCCCAGAACAAAUGA